CUUUAUGAUAAUUAUUUUGAGGAGAAUCGGAAGCAAAAAUUGCUGCUUACCCUGAAUGGAGAUUUGAAUAGUGCAAUUAUAACGAUGGAAUAUUCACUAGUAAUAUGAGGUUAAUAAUAAUCAGAUCAGUAUGAAAGAUAUUAAAAAGAAGGCUGAACAUUUCUAUUCAAUAGAAUUAGAUAGACUUAGAUUAUUUACAUAACAGGGAGUUGAGAUUUUCGAAGAAGAUUUAAUGUUUCUAAAGGAUGGAACUUUGCUUUAUGUUUCUGAUUGUAAUUAAAUAAUUUUCUAUAAAGUAACUCUUUAGCUAGGGAUUUUGAUGCUUAUUCGUAAUUUAGUGUGUAUUAGAUAAUGAAGACAUUGGGUGAGGGAGGUUUUGGAAAAGUAAUGUUAGGUAGACAUAAGCUAACUCAAGAAUAAGUUGCAAUAAAAAUUAUCGAUUCUGGGAAAUUAUGGAAUGCCGCUGAUAUAGAUUUGGUUUUUCGAGAAGCAGAAGUAAUGAAAAAUUUAAGACAUAAAAACAUUAUAAAGAUUAUAAAUUGUUAUACUUUACCUAGCAUGCAAGUUGUUUUAAUAAUGGAAUUUUUAGAAGGAGGGGAUCUGGUAGAUUAUAUUUAAUGUAAUUUUUAAUUGAGUAUAAUAAUUAGAAAAAGGUAAACUUACAGAAGAAGAAGCUCGAGUUAUAUUUCGAUAAAUAGCUGAUGCAAUUUGUUAUUGUCAUGAUUAAAAGUUAGUUCAUAGAGAUUUAAAGUUAGAAAACAUUUUAUUAACUUCAAAGACAGAUAAAUAAGUAAAAAUUAUAGAUUUUGGAAUUGCAACAGUGGCAACAAAUUUUAUUAUUGAUAAAAUAGAUUUGGGAAGUUUAAGCUACAUGCCACCUGAAGUGAUAUCUGGAUAGAUUCAAUCAAUCAGACCAUCUAUUGAUAUUUGGGCGAUGGGAGUCAUAUUGUUUGCUCUUGUUUGUGGUACAUUACCAUUUACUCGACCAAUAUAAGAAUAAACAAUAUAAAACAUUUUAAAUUUAAAAUACUAAUUUCCAAAUAUCAAUUUGAGUAAAGAAUACAAAGAAUUGGUUUAAUGUAUGUUGCAUCCAGAUCCAAAUGAAAGAUAUUCAGCUUAUCAAGUAUUGGGUCAUCCUUGGUUAAGAAAGAGUUAGAGCACUCUACAAGCUCCUUCGAAAUUAUUUCCAAAAGGAAUAAUAAAAAGAGAUUACACUAAAAUAAGUGGAGGGAAUAGUGGAAAUUCAAAAAAGUUGAUGACAUCUUCAAUGAUGGUAGGUCGAGAUUUUACUUGUUUACAAUAAAAUAAGGCAAAUUAUUCUAAUGGAUUAGAAUCUCCAACUUUGAUUAUUCGAAGCCCUUCCUAGAUAAAACCAUUUGAGAGUUUAAAAUAAUAGACUGAAAUUUUAGAAGCUUAGGAGCCUGAAUAACAACAAGAGGAAAAGAAAUUAAUAAAAACAGUAAGAGAACGAAAGAUGUCUAGUUUUAAUUAAAAAUUAAUUGAUAAAAUCUUUAAAGAAGACAGAAUAAUAAAAAGAACAGCUCAUACGCAUCCAUUAAAUUCACCAAAAGAAUCAAAAGAACGUACUCCAAUAGAGCGUGGUGCAAUUCAAUAUUAGUCUGCUAGAGUUCACAGCAAGUAGUCUUCUGAAGAUUUCACAAAAAGAGUGAAAUCAAAAUAGAUUAAGUUAAGAACUAUAAUAAAUUUGAGCCAAUUAACUGAUUUAAAGGUUCUAUAUGGAGAAGCUCUAAAAAACAAUAAUGAGCCAAAGAAAAUAAUUACUGAGUAGAACGAUUCGUUAAAUUUAUACAAAUUAUAGUUGUCGUUUCGGCAUAGAAAAAUGAGGAGUGACUAAUUAUUAUAAAAGACAUUUAAAUCCGGUGAAUUAAAGAUUAGCGAUUUAUAUAGUACUUUAUUUAAAUGA